AUGGCUGAGACAAAGAGUGGCGAUAAGGUCCUUGCCGAGGUGCAGAAGUUCGACAAGGACGCUCUCAAACACGUUAAGACAGAGGAGAAGGUGGUACUUCCAGACAAGAAGGGUAUGCGGUUAAAUUUUGUCAAUAUUCCCUAGAUAUCGAGAAGGAAAAGACUGAAGUCAGCCUCCGGCAGGAAAUCGAGCAGGGAAAGGAUCUAAAACACGUGCAAACUCAAGAGAAGACUGUCCUCCCAACCAAACAAGGUUAGUAUGUAGUUAUAAAUUGUCGUGACAUUGUUGACUACGUAAUCUGAUUAUCAAUACACGCUUUUCGGUACAUGGUGUCGCUAGGCGGUGCCGCCUAUAAGGCGCUUUCGUCUCCAAUCCCUGCUGGCCUUGGCGCGUGCACCUAGACGCACUAGCCGCCUGACCUUGUUGAUCAUGGUCAUUCGAUGAAUGUUGCUGCCUUUUCCUUGUAGAUAUCGAGGCCGAAAAGAAGUGCAGUUGA